GAACGUUGUAUUUAAAAUGCUCAGAUUACAUGGGAUGUCAUUUUUGCUGUUUCAAUUCAUUUCCGGUCAAGGGGGUUGGUUAGUAGCUAAAAUAGCCUUGGGUAAUGGUUAGCCUUUAGACUCGGGAUAAUCACGUGCGUAAACUCCUUUUUGUCGAGUACAGCAAUCAUGAAGGGAAGCGCCUUUCGGAAGAGACAUUUGGGAACUACAACUAUUUGACCAAUGCAGCGUCUACAAAAUUUAGGUAGCAAAGACGGCACCCGCGUUUUAAAACCAGAGAAUGUUUAGCUAAGACUAGCUACGACAGGCUAGCAACAAGAUACGCAUCCAAGUUUUACUGAAGGCGUUGACGUCUAAUCAAAACACCAUGGAUGACUCUGACACCCGUGCAAUUCUUCCAGACGAGGAGGAAUCACCCGAAGAUAAUUCUAUAGCGAGUAAAUGCUGUUGCCCCAUGUCCAUGGGCGACAACGCCGUUUGCAGUCCUCCACCUUAUUCCUGCCCACUUUCCGUGUCGGUCGAGCCUGUGCUCUUUCUAUCAAUGUUUUCAUUGGGACUUCAGAUACCCCUUUGCACACAAUACCUGUGGGAUCGCAUCAGUGAAGAUCUGGGUUACAACGGGACAGAUACGGGGAAGUGUGCCAACCACACAGGGCCUGUCGAUCCUCUGGAGAAGGAGGUGGAGACUCAGACAGCACACUGGAACUUGUACAUCAACUUGGGAGCCUUUUUCAUCAGCCUCUUCUCCUCCACCCUCUUUGGGUCCUGGAGUGACCGCGCAGGCCGGCGCCCCGUCCUGAUCAUAUCCAAUCUGGGCCUGGCCACACAGGCCGCACUCUACCUGCUGGUGUUUUACUUGAAGUUACCUGUGGCCUGGUUGCUUGCGGGCCGUCUCUGCAGUAGCCUGACGGGAGACUUCAAUGCCACCCUCGCAGGCUGCUUUGCCUAUGUGGCCGACACGAGCGACAGAGGGUCCCGGACGUUCCGUGUGGCUAUACUGGAGGCCUGUAUAGGUCUCGCUGGCAUGUUUGCCAGCCUCAUUGGCGGACCGUGGCGAAGGGCGCAAGGGUACAUCAACCCAUUCUGGAUGGUCUUGGCGACCAGCCUGGCAUCCGCCCUGUACGCCUUCCUGUUCGUACCCGAGUCGGUGGUGCCGGACCCUGAAGCCAGACUGCUCACCACCAAGCACCACCGGGCAGUCGUGCGUCUCUACACCAGGAAAGGGCCGGAGGAGGAGAAGGGCCGACUGCGCAGACUGCAUCUCUGGCUCUACUCCCUCUGUUUCUUCGUGGUCGUCACCGUGCACUUUGGGAGCCGUAACCUGUACGUGCUGUACGAGCUCAGCGCUCCGCUGUGCUGGGGGCCGGAGAUGAUCGGCUACGGGUCGGCGGCCCAGCACCUGACCUACCUGAGCAGCCUGGCGGGGCUGAAGGGCCUGCAGCGGUGCCUGGACGACUCCUGGGUGGCCCUCCUGGGACUGCUGUCCAACGCCUGCGGCCUGCUGGUCAUUUCUCUGGCCGACACCACCGCUCUUAUGUUCACAGGGUAUGGGCUUUGCUUCCUCGCUCUGAUUCCUACUUCAGUGCUGCGAUCAAAGCUCUCCAAGCUGGUGGACCCCUCUGAGCAAGGGGCCCUCUUUGCGUCCGUGGCGUGUGUCGAAGGCCUGUGUUCCAUGGUGGCUAGCGGGCUCUUCAACUCCCUGUAUCCCGCCACCCUGCACUUCAUGAAGGGCUUCCCGUUCCUCUUUGGAGCCUUGCUGCUCACUCUCCCAGCAGGAAUAAUUGGGACACUUGGCUGUCAACAGAGGAGACGGAACACAGACAACUCUGCAGAGGCCUCCUGAGGCAGUAGCUGGAGUGGGAGGGGGGGGGGCAAGCUCUAUUCAGACAUACUGCUAUUCAGACAUACUGCUAUUCAGAGAUCAGAAAUGUCGUAGGGUUAGGGUUAGGGUCAGGGUAACUGCAUGUACUCUCCCUAAACUCAAAAACCCUGAGCAACGUAGCACAAACCACAGAAAUGGCAGAUUUCGAUGGGAAACGUGCCAGUAUUCAGACAAUAGACAUCAAUGUCUGAAUAGCGGCAUGUCUGAAUAGCACCAUGUAACAGUAGCUGGAGUGGAAGCUUUAAGCCAGGGGGUGGAGUAGAAGACAUCCCCUGCGGACCCUCUGUCAAACUGGGCUUGAUGUCCCGUCUGUCACCCAUGUGGACGGUAUACAAUUGAAUGAUUAAAAAAAAUGUAUUCCUUGCUUUUCAGAAAUCUCAGAAGAAGGGAAUGUUAACCUGUUCUAGACCAAAGAUUAAAGCUAUUAAUUGCACUAACACAACGGGAAAGUAAGUGUGUGUGUGUGUGCACGUGCGUGUUAGGAGUCAUUUUAAAAAAUAUAUUUGUAUGUUUUACUAUUUCUUGAAUAAAUUGUAGUAAUUGUACUACCUGCUUUAUUUGUUAAAUUUAUGUUGCUUCGCCUUCCUUCAUUCACCUUUCCACGUGUUCAGACAUUAUCAGUGGGCUUUAGCCUCGAGGUUAGAGGAGGAAACCGAAGAUACAGUAGAUCUGGGCUGCAUUCCAAUAUGCGACCUUGCAUCCUCCACUUGUGCUUGUGGCCUAACGUUUUGCUGAUGCCCCGCCUCCGUGGAGAAAACAAUUAAGUUUCCCCGCUGUCAGCCUAG